AUGGCAGACCCCCCUGGCUGCUGCCACCCCUGUGCCACCUGCCUGCUCUGCCUCUACAGCUGCCAGUGGAUCUCCACCAACAAGAAGAGGAAGGGCAUGAGAACCACCAAGUGCGACUGCAGCUGGUUCCUUUUCCUCUUCUUUGUCUUCCUCUUCACACUGGCUUGGCUCUACUUCGCCAUCAUCAUCCUCAAUGAUUUCCACAACUUCAACGAGUUCAUCUUCAGGCAGAGGAAGCUGUGGCUAGACUGGUCCCUGGUCCUGCUCAUAGCUACUGCUGUGCUGAUCACCUACUCAGCCGUGCUGCUGGUCCUUGCUUUGUGCUUGCAGCUCUGUGGCCAGCCUUUGAAGCUACACUGGAUGCACAAGAUCCUGCUGAUCUUAACUGCCCUGGUGGUGGCUGCAGCCUUCACAGGGCUGGGAAUAAAGUGGGCGGAGGAGUGGAGAAGUGCACAUAUCUCCCUGCAGGCAACAGGUCCCUUCCUGCACAUUGGAAUCGUGGGGGGAAUGACACUCCUUGCCUGGCCCCUGGCCAGCUUCAUCUACCGCACCAACAACACAGGUCUCAGGGUGUUUCUGCUGCUUGUGUACUGCACAGUGAUGAUUGCACUGUAUCUGGCUCCCCUGGGAAUCACCUCCCCUUGCAUCAUGGAGGCAAACCAGCUGCCCCCCAAACCAGCCCUGGUUGGCCACCGAGGAGCACCCAUGCUGGCGCCCGAAAACACCCUCAUGUCGCUGCACAAGGCUGUGGACUGUGAUGUGCAAGUCUUUGAGACAGACGUCAUGGUGAGUGCUGAUGGAGUCCCAUUCCUCAUGCAUGAUGAGGAACUCACCAGGACCACCAACGUGCAGGCUGUGUUCCCUGAGAGGGCUGCCAUGAACAGUACCACCUUCAACUGGACAGACCUCCAGCAGCUGGAUGCUGGCAGCUGGUUCCUGGAGCGGAGGCCAUUUUCCACUGUGCAGAGUCUUUCUGCUGGCGAUCACUACCAGGCAACAAAACAGAGGAUCCCCUCCCUGGAACAGGCACUAGAAGUAGCAAAGCAGAGCAAUGUCUCCAUAAUGUUCGACCUGAGGCCUGAGAACCACAGUGACUACCAGAGUUUCAUCAAUGCCACCCUGGAAGUGAUCUUACAUUCAGGCAUUCCACUACAGCAGGUCCUGUGGCUGCCAGAUGGGUUCAGGGAACAGGUCAAACAACAAGCCCCAGGUGUUAAGCAAGUUUAUGGCCGGAAGAGACUCAAAAAUGAGAAGGAGCCACUGCUGCACGUCAACCUGCCCUACCAGGACAUGAGCUCUGAGGAGAUCAGGCAGUACCGCCGGGACAACAUCUCUGUGAACCUCUACGUGGUAAACCAGCCCUGGCUCUUCUCGGUGCUCUGGUGCUCUGGGGUGAGCUCUGUCACCACCAACGCCUGCCAGGUGCUGAAGGAGAUGAAACACCCCAUCUGGCUGUUUCCCAGCAGCACAUAUCUCAUGAUCUGGAUUGCUGUAGACUGCACUUCUUUCCUUGCCAUCCUCUGGGCCUUCCUCUUGAUGAAGAAAUGCUCCCAGAGAAGACGAGCAGUGGAGUCCGAGACAGACGUGCUGCUCACAAAGAUCAACAGCUUGAUGCAAGAGUGA